CGGCUGCAGCCGCUGCCGCAGGGCAGCGGAAGUUUGAGCGCCGCGGCGGAGUGCGAAGGGCGGCGCCGGUUACCGGUGCUGGCGCUUUGGUCUCGGUGUGUCGCCCGCGGCUCCGCUCAGCCGCCUCGAUACCGGCCGGGGGCUGUUCCCUGCCUCGAUCUGCGCCCCGAGCCCUGUGUGCGGUGAUACGGCGGCAUGGACUUGGAAAGCAAAGUGAAAAAGAUGGGCUUGGGCCACGAACAGGGAUUUGGUGCCCCCUGCUUAAAAUGCAAGGAUAAGUGUGAAGGAUUUGAGCUUCAUUUUUGGAGAAAAAUAUGCCGCAACUGCAAAUGUGGCCAGGAAGAGCACGAUGUCCUCACAAGCAAUGAAGAAGACAGGAAAGUGGGGAAACUCUUUGAAGAUACGAAAUAUACAACUCUUAUUGCAAAGCUGAAAAAUGACGGCAUUCCCAUGUAUAAACGUAACGUAAUGAUACUGACUAAUCCGGUGCAAGCCAAGAAAAACAUAUCCAUCAACACUGUGACCUAUGAGUGGGCUCCUCCUGUUCAGAAUCAGACACUUGCUAGACAGUAUAUGCAGAUGCUACCAAAGGAGAAACAGCCUGUUGCUGGCUCAGAAGGCGCUCAGUACAGGAAGAAGCAGUUGGCUAAGCAGCUGCCUGCUCACGAUCAGGAUCCUUCAAAAUGCCAUGAGCUAUCCCCCAAUGAAGUGAAACAGAUGGAACAAUUUGUGAAGAAGUACAAAAAUGAAGCACUUGGUGUAGGAGAUGUGAAGCUCCCCGGUGAGCUGGAAUCUAAAGCUACUGACAAGAAUAACGUUAACAGUGGGGACAGAAGUACCUCAGCUGCUGUAGGAGCAAUGGAGGACAAGUCAGCAGACCAGAAGGCAUCUCAGUAUUCCUGCUAUCGCUGCAAGCUGAACAUGAAAGAAGGUGACCCAGCUGUCUAUGCAGAACGUGCAGGAUAUGACAAACUGUGGCACCCAGCUUGUUUUGUCUGUUGUACCUGUAGCGAACUUCUUGUAGACAUGAUCUAUUUCUGGAAGAAUGGCAACCUGUACUGUGGAAGACAUUAUUGUGAUAGUGAAAAACCCCGCUGUGCUGGAUGCGAUGAGUUAAUAUUCAGCAAUGAAUAUACUCAAGCAGAAGGUCAAAACUGGCAUCUGAAACACUUCUGCUGUUUUGACUGCGACUGUGUUUUAGCUGGAGAAAUCUAUGUCAUGGUGAAUGACAAGCCAGUCUGCAGACCAUGCUACGUGAAGAAGCAUGCUGCGAUUUGCCAAGGUUGUCACAAUGCUAUAGAUCCAGAGGUUCAGCGUGUGACCUACAACAACUUCAAUUGGCAUGCUACACAGGAGUGUUUCUUGUGUUCCUGUUGUAGCAAGUGUUUAAUUGGCCAGAAGUUUAUGCCAGUGGAAGGGAUGGUCUUUUGCUCAGUGGAAUGUAAGAAGAAGAUGAUGUCUUAAGGGGUAACAUGCACAAAACUAAGCAUUGCUCUGUUCCAAAGGCUUUUUUUCUACUGUAAAAUAUGUAGAAUGUGGCAUUUAAGGUUAUGGAAAGUACUAACUAUCAUUUUCCCAAAGAUUUUUUUCUUUCAAUGACUAAUUCAUGUUCUGUAAUCUUGACUCCUUAGCUGUAAUGUUUUAUUCUUUGGGAUUUUGUUCCUGUGUCUUGUGUCGAAUGUCUUCAUAUCCCAGAACUGUAGGAAAAAGUAUGUUAUGAACUCUAUACACUUUAAGGGAACUCUUCACUAUGAAGGAUCUUUUCACUGUGUCCUUUAUAAUGGAAGAAGAAAAUGUGAAUGUGCUCCAUUUUUUUUUCUUAUACAAUCAUGUAUCUUUUCCACUUUCAAUUUGACAAGUUAUUUAUGUCUCAGUUUCCCUGCUAUCAUCAAGCACUUUAGACAAGAUGAUCAGCUUUACUUCCACAUACAGUUUUGUUCACCAGACCUCAGGUGGGCAGGGAGAAUGAAGUUGUUUUAUUUGGGUUUUUUUUAAAAGCUGCAUGUAGGUUUUUUUGCUUCUGGUUGACACAUGGAUUGCUGAAAAAUAGGAACUACUCUCACAUCUAGUUUGUAAAGAACCUGCACCACUGAAAAACUGCGUUAUCUCCUUUAUCUUCUUACUACUUUUUGAAGUUACUUUGCAAGGGUUUCUUUUGCUUCUGCAUUUUGUGAGAGCUUGGUUUGGCUUUGUGGUUGCUUUUCUUUGUUAUUGGAGGGGAGGGAUGAUGGUGAAAUAAAUCUAAGGGGACAUCCUACCCAAAUUAAAAAUCCACUCAUCUUGUGGAUCCGGCUUCAGCUUCUCAUGAAUGUUCUUUUUGCAUAUUGUGCCUUCUGUCAGAGGAGCACAGCACAGGGGUACCGUAUGCAUUUCCCAGUAGGUCAUACUGCAAAAGGUUUGUACUUAGACUUUUGGAUUGUAUGUUCUUAACCAAAGCAGAAAGCAGUCUCAACUAGAAGGCUUCCAGUUUUUGAAUUAAAAGUUCACCCUUAUCUAUUACCUUUGCUUAUCUAAUAAGCCAAAUAAAUCGAUUCCUGUGGCAUUUGUCUUCUUUUCCUCCCCUUAACGAUUAUAGGUCUACAGCAAGACUUGUUAGCUAUCUCUGUGCUGAAGAGGGAAUGGAUCAUCUUUAGCCUAAAAAAAUAAAAUAAAAUAAAAAAUUAAAAACAAAUCCUAUGCAAGUUUUAUGUUCAGCUUUAAGUUUUAUGAUGCUGGUAUUCUAACACUUACAAAUAAACAUUGGUAUUGUUCACUUGAA